UCUAUCUUUCCUUAAUGGUUUCUUGUAUGUUACAAAGAGUCAGUGAUUUGAUAAACCUCUGACAACAAAAUUUACACAUGACAUCUUACAAUAAUGUAUAUAACUUCAAUCUAUUAAAUGUUUCACUCUGUCUGGGUUCUGACCAUUUUGUCCUCUCAUACAGGCAAUAUCAUCAAGAAAUAGAAGAAUUUGUAUCAAAUUUAGUAAAGAGAUUUGAGGAACAGCAGAAAAAUGAUGUGGAAAAGACUUCCUUUAGCCUUUUGCCCCAGCCAUCCAGUGUUGUACUAGAAGAGGACCACAAAGUAGAAGAAUCCAAUGCCAUUAAAAACGACAAGGAAGCUUUUAGUGUUGUAGGAAGUGUCCUGUAUUUUACUAAUUUUUGCCUUGAUAAAUUGGGGCAACCGCUACUAAAUGAAAACCCUCAGCUUACGGAAGGAUGGGAAAUACCUAAGUACCAGCAAGUCUUCAGCCACAUUGUUUCUCUAGAAGGGCAAGAAAUACAAGUAAAGGCAAAAAGGCCAAAGCCUCACUGUUUCAAUUGUGGUUCUGAAGAACAUCAAAUGAAAGAUUGCCCGAUGCCCCGGAAUGCUGCUCGAAUAAGUGAAAAGAGAAAGGAGUAUAUGGAUGCCUGUGGUGAGGCAAAUAGUCAGAAUUUUCAACAGCGAUAUCAUGCAGAAGAAGUAGAAGAAAGAUUUGGAAGAUUCAAGCCAGGAGUUAUUAGUGAGGAACUUCAAGAUGCACUGGGUGUGACGGAUAAGAGUCUCCCUCCUUUUAUCUAUCGAAUGCGACAGUUAGGGUACCCACCAGGGUGGCUUAAAGAGGCUGAAUUGGAGAAUUCAGGUCUUGCACUCUAUGAUGGAAAAGAUGGUGCUGAUGGGGAAACAGAAGUUGGAGACAUACAACAGAAUAAAAGUGUCACUUAUGAUCUCUCAAAAUUGGUAAACUAUCCAGGUUUUAAUAUAUCUACUCCCAGAGGAAUUCCAGAUGAAUGGAGGAUGUUUGGUUCCAUACCAAUGCAAGCAUGUCAACAAAAGGAUGUGUUUGCCAGUUACCUCACUUCUAACUUCCAAGCGCCAAAUGUGAAGUCUGGCAGCAAGAGGUCUUCAUCUCAGUCCAGCCCAGGUAGUCCAAAGAAGCAGAAGAAGGAAAGCAGCUCAGCAGCCUCCCCCGCUGACAUGGACCUCGACUCAGAUGUGGAGGUACCACAUGGUUCUCAGAGCAGUGAAACUUUUCAGUUUCAGCCGCCAUUACCUCCUGACACUCCUCCUCCACUGCCACAGGGAACUCCUCCACACAUCUUCACUCCUCCCCUUCCCAAGGGGACCCCUCCACUCACUCCCGGUGACUCACCCCAGACCAGGACAGCAUCUGCACCUGUGGACGAGGAUGCACUGACUCUAGAAGAACUUGAAGAGCAGCAGAGGCGGAUAUGGGCGGCUCUGGAGCAGGCAGAGAGCAUGAAUAGUGAUUCUGAUAUUCCUAUGGACACACCUGUAACUGGGAAUUCUGUCGCCUCAUCACCUUCUCCAAAUGAGCUAGACCUCCUUGUCCCAGAGGAAAAGGAAUCUGAAAAGCAAAUGCUAGGUGAGCCUGAGGUACCAGACACUUAUACAAAGAAAUCAGAAGUUGAACAUUCCCCAAGUCCAGAUACUGAGGCUACAUUGCUUUGUCAGAACGAAAAGGAAGAGUCUACUCAGGUAGACUCUAAAGGUGCUCUUCUUGAUAAUGGCAGUGUUAUAUCAAACUGUGACAUUAGGAAUGGAGGUGGUCAGAAGGCCUUUGAUGUGGACACCACUCCUUCAUUGGCUACUAAAUUUCACAGCCCUAUACCUGACAUGAGCAAAUUUGCAAGCGGAAUAACACCAUUUGAAUUUGAGAAUAUGGCAGAAUCGACUGGAAAGUACCUCAGGAUAAGAAACUUGUUAAAGAACUCACCCCGAAACCAGCAGAAAAAUAAAAAGGCUUCUGAAUAACUGCUUGGCAUAGCAGCAAGAGCUAUUUAAUUAUCUAUAACUUUGUGUUCUGUUAAUUAGCACUAUAGUGGACAGAUAACAACUGUUUUCCUAUUUGUUCCUCCCAUGUUUAAAAAUCCAAGGUUCGAUUGUGUUCUAAAGUCACCCCUAUUUUAAAUAAUAGGAAGACUGAGUGCACUAGUUCACUAUAUUUUAUUCCCCCUGAAGAACACUUGCACUGGGGGGGGCUAUGAAUUUGACCUGGUUUAGCGAUAGUUUGUUAAGGUUUAUACUAUUUUUGGAUUGUGAUUGUGAAGAGUGAAGGUUUUUAUCUGUCUUUUGUACAUUGUUUUCUCUUUCUACAUUUUGCUGAUUGUCCUAUAUAUAUGUUUAAUAUAUCACUUUUUAAAAGAAAAAAUUCUAACCAUUUUAAAUUAGUAUUUCAACUUUGACAACCAAAUGAGAAAAAUCAGGGAUGAGCAGCUUUAUUCCAUUUGGGGUAUUUUUGUAAAUGAUUUACAUGCAUCAGUUUUAAUGAUAGUCUUAGUUUUUUGUAACUUCAUUCUUCAUACAUGCUUGCUGUACAGGUAUGUCCAUCUUUGUGUAUAGAGGCUUAAUAAAUUAGUUUUCAUAUA